CCCUAAUCCACAAUCCAAACUUCCUCUACUUCGACAAUCUCCCCGGAGCGUAUUUCCGAAGGCCUCAUACGUUCGAGCUCUCACCAUGGCAUCUGGUUACGAUCGAGCUCUGUCAGUUUUCAGCCCUGACGGCCAUGUGUUUCAGGUAGAAUAUGCCCUUGAGGCUGUCAAGCGAGGUACAUGUGCGGUCGGCGUGAAGGGCGCAGACAUUGUAGUGCUUGGAUGCGAAAAGCGUUCUGCGAUGAAGCUUCAAGAUACCCGCAUCACCCCCUCGAAGAUUUGCCUCGUCGAUAACCACGUUGCCCUCGCUUUUGCCGGACUGAACGCAGAUGCCCGCAUCCUGGUGGACAAGGCCCGUCUUGAGGCCCAAUCACAUCGUCUAACGGUCGAGGAUCCGGUCUCGAUAGAAUACAUCACAAAAUACGUCGCAGGUGUGCAGCAAAGAUACACUCAAAGUGGUGGUGUGCGACCUUUUGGUAUUAGCACCUUGAUUGUUGGCUUCGAUCCAAACGACAAGACACCCAGGCUGUACCAAACCGAGCCUUCCGGUAUCUACUCGGCAUGGAAAGCAAAUGCCAUUGGGCGAUCGAGCAAGACAGUCCGCGAAUUCCUUGAGCGAAAUCAUAAGGCGGAUAUGGACCGCGAGGAGACCAUCAAGCUGACCGUGAAGUCGCUUUUGGAGGUUGUGCAAACGGGAGCAAAGAACAUUGAAAUCGCAGUUAUGGCACCCGGAAAAGCACUUGAGAUGCUCCCUGUGGAGGACAUUGAGAAAUAUGUGGAGAACAUCAACACAGAGAAGCAGGAGGAGGCAGCGAGCCGAAGGCCUGGACGAGGACCGGGCACGGGAACGUCCGCCAUUCCAACGCGACCAGCUGGCGAGACAUCCGGAUCAUAGAUAGUAACAGGAUGUGGUAUUCCCGUAUGAUUCAUGCAUUCAUGAUGGCAUGGCGUCUGGAAAGCUAUAAGAGUUCAGAAAGUAGACACUUUGGCGUCCUUACGUCAUAAAACUCAGAGAAACGUUCUAAUACAUGAACGUUGACAACUCCUCCAAAACUCCAUAAAUGCCGUGUAGUCGCUGCGAGAUCGAUUUAUCGACCCAUAUAUGCCA